UGUGUUGUAAAUAUGGCGUCUCAGGACGAUGAAAAAGAAAAACUAGAUAGCACUAACAAUGUAAACAAUGAUCAAGAAUAUUACAACUUAAAUGUAUAUAAGGUGAAAAAUUAAGUUUUACGUGCUUUUAGUGAUUUAGUAGUUUAUCAUUCUUCGCAUGUUUAUUGUGUAUAUCGAGUGUGUAGUUCCAUUUUCCUAUGGCGGCCAUAUUCGGUCUUAGCCGAAUCAGUAAAUAAAAAUCGAGAAAGUUUUGGCCUGAAGAAAUGGAAAAUGUUUAUGUGAUUACUGUCCAGUUUUUUCAAGAAAUGAGUGGCUUUAGUGUUUUGGAUAAAGAAAUCACUCCGCCUUACCAAACUUUGUUAUAGUUUCCAGCUUGUUUUUUAUUCUCUUACCUACCAAGAUGAGCUCUGAGUAUGAUGUUACCUUUUGUUAUACUCCUUUCAAAAAAUAUGAUGCAAUACUAAAUGAUAAAUCAUCUGCAUUCGAAUCAAAAGUAACAUCCUUGAUUGAAGUUUGGAAAAGCAUUUCAGGGUUGAAGCAUGCCCACUUUGAUAUUAAGUAUCUUAUACAGAUUAUUGAUUGGGCUAAAUUACAUGCUCUCAAUAUUGUUUUAACUGGAGAGUGGCGCAAUAUUAAAGAGCCAGUACGGAAUGAAUUUGUAACAUUAUUGGAGUUCGCACAGAAAAGCCUAUCAAAUGUAAAUGACGCUUUUUCUGCCAGAUGUCAGAAACUGGUAGAUGUGGUAAGGCAACCUUGGGAAGAUCCAAUUUUAAAAACGUUAAUUCAGGAUAAACAUGCUGUAAUAGGGCCCACAGAAAUAGAUUUUUUUUGCGUUGAGACUGCCUAUUUGGUAUCAGUAAGGCUGAAGAAACUUUGCGAAAACCAUUGCGAGGACCUUGCAUUAAAUUUGGUUAUUAAUUUUUUAAAAUACAAAAAAAUAGCAGUCACUCAACACCUCAACCUGAAUGCAACAGAAACUCAGUUAUGGUUUAUAUUCGAUAUUUACAUCGCGCUGCUUUUUAAAUUUGAUGAGAAAGCGAGGAUAAUUGAAGAGUUUAAUGGACUGCCACUCUAUGAAGGUGUGCAACUUACUAAACGCUUUACUAAAAAACGAGUCAAAAUUUCGAAAAUAUGGCGUAAGGCAGUUAGAGUGGCAGUUUUUGGGUUGAAAUUUUAUAUCUCCAAAGUCUUAAUGAACUUUGGCGAAAAAACUGAUGACAAUAAAGUUUUUCUUACACAGCUAAUUCAAACAUACCUAAAUAUAGCCACUGACAAAGAUAUGCUUGAAGAAUUUAUUGAGAACAUCAGAGACUGCACUAAUAAGGCUGCAGAUGCAGAGGGUUUGUGCCAUUUGGUUGAAAUUAUACAUAGAGAGGCCGCUGAUCGAAUGCCGCAUUUCAUUAUCGAAAUGUACAUAAGGGCGUUGACCACUGAUAUGAAUCACUUGGAGCGUUACAAGCUGCAGAAAGAUGAACUUAAGGUGAAAUCAACAACUUCAAGACUAUCCGGCGCAUAUGAUAAUAUGGCUGAGUUGCUCACGGACCAUAUCAAAGUUUCAAGAGAAUGCGCUCUUACAGCAUUCAGUAUCGAACCAACCAAAGAGAGGCUAGAAAAACUUGAAGAGUUGGCUAAAAGAAGUGGAUACUCUGUUGUGAAUAAUGGUUUAGAAUGGAAAUGCAGGUUACAUCCGCCUGUAUUGCCAACGGACGAAGUUGCUUGGAUUUGUCCUGAGUGUGGUGACUGGAUGUGUAAACCCGAACUUUCAACUCGACGUCAAGUAAACACACCCUUACAAGAGGCUUUACAGGAAUCUAUUUUGGGUAUUUCAGAGGCACUCUGUGACGACCUAGUCGUCUGUCUUUCAAAUCCUAGGUAUCAAAUUUUAAGCUGGUCGCUUUCUUGGCAAGAUCUAUACCGUCUUUGCAUUCUCUAUCUUAACGACCCUGAGAGAACUAAAAAUUUUGUUACUGAACUGAAAUUUGUAGAUCUUGAUUACUCUAUGUUUGAUCACAUUAAAAAGGAGCCGAUGGAGGAAUAUACAGGCAUCGAGAAGGGGUACGAACAAUACUUAGAUGCUGAAUUUCAAUCUGAUGAAGAAGAUACUUCAUGUUCAACAGCUUCGCAUGGCGAAGAUUCUGCCUCUCUUGCUUGCAUUGGUGGAUUAGGGAGCGAUGGUUCUGGUGAAUCAAGCCAGGCUUUACCACAAGCCAAAUCGGAUCCUAAAACUCUAAAAAGUUUAAGAAUGUUUCGACCAAGCCAAAAGAGAAAGCAGGAAGACAAAGAUGAAUUCGAAAGAGAUCAAAAUGAAAUGUUGUUCAAGCUUGCAAAUGUUUCAUCUCACUUGCGUGGAAACCAACAUGCUUCUCAUAAUAUACUUCCUGAAUUGGCCACAUCUUCCGAAAUAAAUGAUCAUCUACUAAAUGGUACUACUUCACCCGGUACAUCACACACUUCAAUGGUACAAUUUAAUGCACAGUCUGGAACUGAUCUAACUGCGGCAACUUCCACCCGGUUUGUUUCCAAAUUAAUAAAAAAAUCCUUAACAUUUGGUGUUCCUAAGAUGCUUGAUAGUAAAGAGUUAAUAGUAGAAAAAAUACCUACUGUGCAAACUUCCAAUUUAAAUGCAAUUGCGUCAGUUAACCCUCGUAAAACAACCCAAUCUUGUGCCAAUUAUUCUCAUAAUUCCAAGAAAAUAUCAGUACAAAAUAUUCAAUAUACUCAGAAACCUAUUACACAUGUCGAUUAUUCUGGCCAAAUGCCUUCUAAACAAUCCUCAAGCGAAUUGGAUGCAAUCCUCUCCGAAGUAGUAGACGAUAUUGAAAAAGAUUCUGACACAUCAACAUCAUCUGAGUCAAAAAACGGACUGGCUGCCACUUCGCUUCUUCUUGGGGAGCAAGUGGCGGACCAACACAAUCAAGUAGACCAAGUAACUUUAAACAACAGCAACAACCUGACCCAGACGAAAUUACCGCAAGAAAUGUCCUCGCACAGUGGUAUCACGAAAGAUUGCAAGAAGAAGCUACCAAGCAUCCAGUGCAAAAUGUUGCCCAGCAGCAGUGGCAUACAGCCGCAUAUUUACCCUACGAGAAAAAGGAAAGUUACAACAGCAACUGCUGGAAAGGAAAUUUUCAAAAAAAAACUCAUUGUAAAAAUACCAAGACUGGACAUAAUGAAGUAUCUAUCAGUAAAGAAAACCUCAGAGUCUCCGAAUAUGGAUGCGACUCGGUUGCAUCAAGAAGAGAAAAAAAUAAGAGACAUGAUUAUUGCGGAUAUGCGCAAAAGAGUGCUAUCGAUAGUAGUUCAGCGAUACCCCCUGCCACUCAAAAACUUGGAAAAAACCCUUGUUCCGAAAUGUGCUCGAGAAUUGCAUAUAGCGUUAUAUCGGGAUCCGCCAAUAUUUGCACUGCAAAAAAUGAAUUCAUUGGCGGUAAAAAGUUCUCCAGCGUCAACCUCAAAGAAGAAUAUGCAGUUAAGUUUUCAAACGAAUCCAACCAUUCUGAAAAAUAUGAAAACAAGGUCCCCAUCGCCCUUAGUUCGGAAGGCAAAACACACAUUAGUACUUUCCCAGGUGGGCCGAAACCCUCCAUUUCUAAAAGCGGUCAGUCAACCUCAUUUAACUUUCGAGGAAAACAGUCAAACUCCUCUAUGUGCAAAGAUAAAUUCUACAGUCUCACUCGUUCAAGGAGUUACGAGCCAUGUUCCCUGGAUUCCGGAAUUGGGCGACCAAUGCAUGUUAGUUCCAGAGGUACACAAAUUACAGAUGGCACAACCGUUUCUAGAAAAGUGCUUAAACUUGCAACCUAUGGAGAAAAAUCAAACGGCGCACCCGUUAACCAACGGACAGUUGACUCGAUCAAAACCGGAACAUUUAAUACACCAUCUGGGCAAAUUACAAUUACGAACAUUAUAUCUAAGUCCGGAGAUAACAUAUUUAAUCAAAAUAAAACUUUCGGUAGAUCUACCGCCAAUCAUUUGCCCAAUGAAACGAGGAGCUUUAACACAAAACUUUCAGCGGAGCUUACAAGAACUUUACCAAAAGCUAAUGACCCCUUUCCGCAAACACUUGUUACUACUAAUGCAGUUGAAUCAGGUAACGAAACAAGUCGAAAAGAGUCUAUUCGAGAUAUUGCCUUGUCAAAUGAUGCUUCUUCAACCAACGCACCAGACAAACUUCACACAUUUGUUGCAUCAACCUCUACUUCCUGUGAUAAAUCGGACGAACCCAACAUCCGGUUGCCCUUGCAUACAAAUUAUGGAUGUGGAAACUUCUUAUGGUAGUAAUUUUGGAGAGGAUACUAAAAAGACUGAUAUACAAUUGACUGAACCAGCACACCUUGAUGAAUCAGAAUCAUUAAGUUUAGAGGAACUCGCUUCAAGUCCACUCUGUAAUGUUGAAUUUAGCGAUUUUGAAAGCAGUAUUAUGGUUGUGUUGCCUGGUGUUAAUGUGGAUAGUGAUCAGCCAGAAAUUUUUAGCACAACAAUUAAUAAAAUAGGAACUGUAAAUAUUAUACCCUUAAACUGUGAUACUCUUGACAAAGAUUGCUCCGUCGAGCUAUUCGGUAGUGACAGUAAAGAUCUUAAUGAUCAUUUAGGUCUUGUAAGUUUUCCUCAAAUGGCAACUUCUAAUGAGGUCUUUAAUAGACAAAUCAUUAAUACCAACUUAGAUCAAAACACUGCGACUUAUCAGUUAAGUACCCCUUCAAAUAAUGACUCGGAAUAUGAUUAUCUAGAUAGCAUUGCAUUUGAACACAAUUAUGCAUUGCCUCCCGGACUGUCUCCUAAAAAACAUUGUGAGGAACCCAUGGUUCUAGAUAACCAGUAUUUUUGUCAUGAUGAUAUUUACGGACUUUCAGAUCCUGAGGGUUUGUUUCCAACAGUAGAUUCAUCAGAAAUAUUGGGUGAGGAUAGUGUGGAAAAUAGGCCUGAACUAUUAACCAACUAUGAAAAAUGUGAAAUACCCAUUACUUUUACUGAAUCACUAGAUAUACAAAUAAAUGAGAUGGAGAACUUAGAGCCUGCGACUCAUGACGAUAUCUUUUCUACAACAAAUACACCUUCAACACUGCAACACGAAGAAUCAGAUAAUUAUUUAAGACGUGAAGAUUUUUCUAUACAAACAACAUCAAAAACCAAUAAAAAGGCGAUUAUUAUUAGUAAUAUUUUACUUCGGCCUAAUGACAGAAUCAAAAGUCGGGCUAGUAUUUGCCCCGUCGAAGAGAGAGACAACUUUUUAAGAGAAAAAGAAACAGAGGCUUUUUCUGAUAAGAUAGAGACCGCAAUCUAUUCACAGGAUUAUCUGAAUACUGAGAGUUUUAGUCAUAGUGAGGCUUGUUAUGAUUUUGGUGUAGUUUCAGAUAUAUCAAAUAAACCAAAAUAUGAGGAUGUCGGCAAAUCUCACUUAGAUAACACACUUUUAGAUCAACCAAGUAAUUAUACAACGCCAUUAUUUGUUGACCUCGAAUACUAUGAUGAUGAACGAGAAGAUUCGCUUAACUCUAGUCUAGAUGCGUCCGGGAAAUAUUGUGUUAACACUCAACUUUGUGAUGACAUUACCUUACAUUCCGAUAUCAAUAAAUUGGAUGUAACUCUUAAAUGUAAUAUUCCCAAUGAAUAUAAAGAUUGUUCUUUUAAAAUUAAACACAUUUACAAGAAUAAACGUAGGAAAAUCUCAUUUGAGGCUUCUGAAGAUAAAUCUGGUGCAACUAAAAUUGGCAAGGAUCCUGUGGCUUCUAUAGGAUAUAAUUUACAGUCAAAUUUCUCUAAAGACACAUUUAAGAGAAGAAAUGUGGCCACUUACAGUAAGAAACGGUGCAAAAAUUUUAAGCGGGAUACAUCUAAUGAGAUAUUUUCCCUUGAUAAAUGCGCUUCAAAUAUCAUGAAUAAUGGAGAUUUGGAUGUUCCGGCAGGAAUUAAAAGUUGCUAUUGCAUUUCUUGUGACGACAUUAGUCGGGAAAGCGAAAAAUUCAAGCAAGAAUUAGAAAAAAUGAAUACAACUCGUUUAGAUGAUACAUUAGCUUUAAAUUUUGAGAAUGAAGCGUCUACAAAAAUAGGUCACAAUGCUUGUGAAAGUUGUUCUAAUUUAUUCGAUCUAGUCAAUGUUAAAUUAUUUAAACGUUUACAUUCUAAUUCAUCCAAUUUAAAUGGUAAUAACCUCUUUUUAAAAGAAAUAGAACCAAUAUUAAAUUUGAAUCUUUCGACUGUCAAAGAUUCUACACAUAUAACUGAAAGAUUUGAUACUAAAAAUAAUUCCGAUGAAUCUUCUAUACAUCAAACGGCAAUGGUACAAGGGGAAUGUUCUACAGAUUUACAGAAUUUAACGCAUGCUAAAGUAAUAGAAAUUAUUAAAACUAAAUCACAACUUAAUUCUGAGACCACAUAUGAGGGUCCCACACAUGAACCAAGUUAUAAUAAAGGCAAAGAUUUACAUCAAGAAAAAAAUACAUGCACAUCUUCAGAAAACGUAGAAAUUAUAGAAUUAAACGAUGAUAUCGAAUCAGAUGUUGAAUUUAUCCAAAGCAAUGAUAAGGAAUUUAACAAUAGUGACAAAGUGAUUGAUGAAGUUAUUGUAGUAGAGGAUGAUGUAAUUUUUAAAGAAGUUAAGUCGGUUAGCAACGAACGUACGGUAAACCGUAAGAGAAAAAGGAAGAACAGAAAAGAAGGAAUUAUUGGCGUAGGAAAGAAAAAAACUUUAGCAACCGAAAAAAAUUAUCAGCAUAACAGCACCGCCUCUCAAAAUGUCAAACAGGCAGAUGUGCUUCUCGCUAAUAAAAAAAGGUCGGACACACGUAAUUUAGUAGAUGUUAUUGUAAUUGAUGAUAAUGAUGAAGGUCUUAUUAAAGAAUCAAAAGACCAACAGGAAACUAGCUUACAAAAUAUUGAACAUAAUAGAAGGGAAGCUUUAAUGGGUGCCGUAGAACCGGCCAGCGAAAAAAGCAGACUGCAACAGAAUAAAAAUCCAUUAUAUGAACAAGAGCUUUUGUUAUUAAAUACUACGGCUGUUAAUAAUGAUGCAAAAAAAACUGAAAAAAACGGAAAAGCGAGUGAAAGACCUCGAAAUAAAAGGAAAAUGGCAGACUACGCAGCACUGAAUGUUAAUGAGAACGUUAUAUGUAAAGAGAAAAGAAUGAAGGUAACCAAUGAAUUGAUUAGCAAAAAAAAAUUUGUUCAGUUCAAAACAAGUUCAGAAUCGAAUGAGAUUAAUAACAAUCCUUCUAUUAAAAGUCGCGAAGCUCGAAUUUUAGGCUCCAAAAUUGAUGCUGAAAAUGAAGAUCAGAAACCGGAUAUUUCUAAGAUAGAUUUAAGUGAAGGAUGGAGCUCUGUUCUUGAUUCUUCUGAGGAAUCAGAAUUUACUGAUUAUUGGGAAACGGAUUCUUCAGGCAAUUUUUCUGACGAAGACCAAAACCCUAAGAAAAAAUAUAAGUUAGUUCGAAAGGCGUUUAAUUGGUCAUUUUCCGAAAAUCAUUCUCUCUCACCCACUCCUAAAAUAUCAAACCGUAGACGGGGACGCCGAUUAAAAUUGACCAAUCAGGAAAAGCCAAUCAAAAAAAAAGUUCUCCGUGAGUCAGUUGUGCAUUAUAAAUUAGAACAAAAAUUCAAGAGAAGACGGUUCUCAAGAGGUAGAACGAUGCUCCCAGAUUUAGUCAUUAAUCUUCAUCGAUUGCCCGAAUUUGUAACGAGGAAGAAUGUAAAAGUAAUUUUGAUGAAUCCCUUACAUAGUAAUAUUAGAAUUUUCGAAACAAUAAAUAAACCCAAACACACACCUUUACAGUAUUCGAACAGGUUCAAUGUUGAUGAUUUUCAUACCCAAACGCGAAAGAAAAUUGGAUUUCUUCGAUUUUAUGAAGAUGAUUAUUAUAGUAUGAUCACAAAGGUUAAAUUACGAAGCCUAUGUCGUAGCAAUCUGAAUCAAAGUCGUAUAGAUGUUCCCGGGCUAUAUGAUUAUUCGCUCUUACUACCUGCAAAAGUUAACCACAUUGUUAAUGUUGUGCAACAUUCUGUUCCGCGUUCACCAUCUACAGGGGAUCAGAAUGUUCAAACUAGUACUCAAAUUACUCCUCAUAUCCAAAGAAUUGGUCAACCCAAGGCCAGCAAGUCGGAUGAAUCACCCGCGGAAAAAACAUCUAAUUCGCUUGUCGUGAGUUCUUCUGGUAUUAAUCAGUCGAGUUUUGUAAAUCAUAAUUCAAAUGGCCCAAGACCUCACAAAACUCCAGACCAAGUAUCCAGGCAGGCUUCCAAUGUGAAUAUACUAUCACAACAAGUUAUUAGGCCUGGAACUUCCCAAAAUCACCCAGAAAAGAUGCCAUCUCAAAUUGGGGAACCGAAGACCGCUACUUUAUUAAAAGUCGAUUCAGAAGACCGACCAGACUUGCAAGUCACUAAAACUGUUAGUACUAACGUAAGGAUUGUGACAACUACUACACAGGCUGGUAGCACAAGUACUACUCCAAGUGCUGCUUCAGGCAGUACUAUUUUGCAAUUUAUUUGUAAAAGCUCUACUUUACCCCAAUUUCAACAAGCUUUUGGAAAAACUGUUUAUCAAGUCCCUGUAACUAGCUCACCUACUGGGCCUGUAGUUUCUUCUAGUGAAAGUUGCCUGCAAAUGCAGACUGCAACAGUAGAAAGUAAAAAGUUUGCUACCAAAAGUUUACCAGUAAGUGUACAACCCAUUGCUGGCAAUGUAAUUUUUAGAGGACAAGUUCCUCUUGGACAAACUGUUAGCUUAAUACCUCCAGGAUCGAACACAAGGCAGCUGUUUAGAAUAACAGGAUCCACCCACGAACAGAUUAGCCUCGUAAAGGAGACAGUUAUACAAAAUAAAAUGAGCGCUUUACUAGCCGCUGCUUUACAGGGAAAGCCAAAAAUAUCUGAACAGAAUGGCGAAGUAGUAGAGGAAUAUUCUGCUACUAGAAUUACCUUAUGCCGACCUGGAACCGUGUCAAGUUCCAGAAUCGUUGCGCCUGUUCAGUUGCAAAUUCCAGCUAAUGUAAGAGCUCCACAACCAAAUGUGAGCUCUACUACUCUCGAACAAUUAAGAGAGUUCGAUAUGGUUUACAAUCAAGUCAAGGAGAGAAGCAAUAAUUUCGUCCAGCCAGAUACAAAUUCCAAAAAUUCUCAGGAACAACAAAGAAUAAGCUUUACCUAUGUUAAUCAGGUUCAGAAAUAUACCCAAAUAUCGCCCGUUGUUGUUGUUAGCAGCUAUAAUCCUUUGCAGCCAUCUUUGUCCUCUGCUAGUGUUACUUCACAAGCAGGCUCUUGUAUAACUCAAGUGAGUACAUUGACAGUGCCAAAAGUAGCAGUAAAGUCUUCUAAGGGUAAAAGUAUUAAAAAUACUAUAGUCAAAACUUCUCCUCCCACCGUAACUACAAUUCCCAAACCACAACAAAAGCCUCAAGAGGAUGAGCAUACUACUCAAAGAAUUUUUGAUAUUUUGGCUGAAUAUGCUGAACAGCUCAGGAACUCUCCUGAUCUUAACAACAAGCCUGCCCCCCGAAGGAGGUCAAAUCCACCAACUAAUCCCUGCUCAAAUUCUUGCACAAUUUCUCCUACUAAAAAGAAAAAGAAGAAAAGUAGUAAUUCUAGUGCAAGUCCGAAUAUUAUUGAAACCGAUAAUGACGAAUUAACAAUAGGUAGUGAGGAUAGCUCUGGAUGUAACACCGCACCUCCUUCUACGACAGACGAAGAACAAUCUCAGUCUGCAAUUAGUGCUACAGCUGAAUCGAAUUUAGAGUCCACUAAUGCCAGCAGUCCCAUGUCAACGACUGCAUCAACAGCUCGACCUAUAAUUGUUUCAGACGCAACAGGUCAGUCUAGAAACGUCAUUAUAACUGAUUCGAACAUCAGUGAAGCCUUGAAAAUGCCCAAUACAGCUUUAUUAAUGCCUGGCAAUUAUAUCAUGCCGGUUUCUGUGGUUAAAGGAGGACAGCAUAUUGCUGUUGUUUCGGGAGGAAAUAAAAUUCUCACUACACUUCCUGCACGAUCCGGUCAAAACAUGCUCCUCUUUCAAAGUUUUUUAAAUCAAAAUAAAAAGUGUGGCAUUUCAGCGGUUAAAUGUGCUUCGCUACAACCAUUUUCCGGAUUAUCCUCUCAAAAUGUCGCAACGGUUAGAUCUCAGCCUUCUGUCAUUCUGCCUUCUAAUUCUAUUGCUACUGUUGCACUUAGCCAACCAAUCGCCAUUAAAAAGAUUGAUAAUUCUGAAAAAGGAAGCAACAGUGAAGUAUUUUUUACAAUAUCCCAAGCCAAAGAAGUAAUUAAAUUGGAAAAAACAACAGAUGUAGAUAGACCUGACAGUACAAAUAUAUCUCACGAUUCUAAAGCGGAAGAAAAUUUUCAUAGCACUAAAGGAGUAUAUAGCAUACAGAAGACAAACAGUGUGGCAACUUCCGUCAUAGCCAGUGCUAUCAAAAGAGAUGAAGCGCGCGAACAGACUUCAUUUGCUGUUUCUGAAGCUAUUAAAGCCAAUGAUGAACCAAAACAAAGUGACCGAAAUAGUUCAGUAUUGGUCAAUCCUCCUACCUCCAAUGGACCUAUGUUAUCAUAUACCUACGCCAAACAUAAAAAGUCUGCAGAAGUCGUAGAAUCCACAACUCCCCCUAUAAAGGAUUUUAGCCGCAACACAGGAAAGAAGCAAGCAAUAAGGCCGCUUAAGAAUAAUGCAGUUUAUUACGCUAUAAAAACAAAAAAACCUCUUAUUAAAAAAGACGCCGAGGUUCAGAAACAGGCGGCCAUAGAAAGGGAGUUAAGGCUUCAGAAGACACUUUCUGAGGAGUGCGAAGACCUCGGAGUUGAUGAGCCAAGUACGAGUGAUUUGUUUCCUGAGGCAGAUUUGCUUUUUGACACGAAUCAUUCACCCUCAUACUAUCAAGCCGGCCAAAAGUUACAAAGCACCGAGGCUAAACCGAAAAGUUCAAGUUCAAUGCAAUUUAGUGAUGAUGAAAAUUCCGGCUCUUUACGCAAUGAUCUUUUCGAAUACGUCGAGUAUCAACACCCCCAAGUAAAUGGAAAUAAUUCAAUGAUCCAAUCAUCUGGUUGCUAUGAUGCGACCUUACUUCCUAAUUCUGGAACCAUGUCUGAAGUCACGCUUUCCGAUCCGAUGUCCUCAGAGUAUAGUGACACCACCCACCUUCUUAACAAAUAUAAAUAUAAAUACAGUAAUCGAAAGAAGGGAGAAAAAGUCAACCUUAAAGUUCCAAAACCACACCUUGAUAAUUCCCAAGAAGUAACGAGCACGGAAAGUGUAUUAGACGUGGCACCUAUUGGUUUGGAAACCGCCCAAGAGUUUCCAAAACAUAAGUUGAAAGAAGAUAUCUUGGAUCAUAAAGAAGAAAAACUAGAACUUGAAGUCCCCCUUGAUCACGAAGAAACUGUGGUGACAGAAACAAUUAGAAGUCCUGAACCUGACCUCAAAUAUAGAUGUAUGAUACAUGGAGGCAUAGAUAGUAAUAAAACAUCAAGAAAAUUUAGUAAAAAAUCAUGUCACUGCUUCAAAAAUGGCUCGAAAAGCCCAUGUAAUAUUGUUUCCCCCUUGAAGAAAAAACCAAACUCUCCAAUAUCCAGUCAAGAAACUGUAACCAUUAAAAAGGUAGUUUCAAAUAAAAAAAGAUAGUGUAAGGGCAAGCGCAAGAAGCGAAAACAUUACUUCUUUUAACACAAAUAAUUUGUAAACUAGGCCAAUAUUCAGACAUCUGGAUUUCAAGAUAGGGUUGGAAGAUUAUUGAAAGAUUACAGAAAAAGAUUUUGUAAUAAAAAUAUCGCCUCCAGAAAAUAUAAAGUAUGUUGUUGGUGUAUUUAUGUCUAUAUAGAAAAUCACGUGUAUUGACAUGAAAUGAGAAAAAAAACACUAUAUUAAUAAAAAUAUAUAUUAUACAUA